CAACAAUCUUCAAGCUGUAACAUAGUCGAGGCGCGAAUUCCCUUCGGAUUGAGUGAUUAUGAAUAUGUCAAGAGGUAGAAUAGCUUGCUCCAACUGGACCUGAAGCUGUUCUUACGUCCAACCUGGACAUGCUAGUAUAUCAUCGGCUGCCUAGUUGUCCUCACCGAUCUCUGCUUUUCAUGUUCUGUGGUUUCCAUCCCUCUGAUUUUUAUUUCUCUCAUUUCUUCACGAUAUUUCUAGGUACUUGUUUUACUGCCAAGGGACAAAGACUUUCCUUUCCGCCCACGUAAUCCCUCGUUUUUGCUCACCCGUCCUCCAGGAAGUUCCUGUCUGUGCAUUGCGACUAUGGCCACGUCACCUGAGGCACGGAUCGAAAGGAGACCGCUCUCGAUAUCGCAAACCCCGUUUUUCCGGCAACCAAUUAUGGACCUUUUCACGAUCCUUACAACGGUCUUUUACUCCCCCGACCUUCUACUUUCUCACGACGACACGGAGAUCCCAGCCUGCCCUAUUUCCGACGAGAAUCUCAAUACCAUGAUCGACGGCUUCAAUUUGGAGCAACAGAGAGUUCUCUUUGCCCUCCACUGCCAGUUCAACUCUAACCCACCUCCUCGAUAUUACAAGUCACUCAUCAAGCUCGUCUUUGGUUAUGCGAGUCAGGAAGAAAAAGACAGAUAUACGAAGGGGAUGGCUCGAAGUCUUUGGUCCUUGCGGAGACCUGAAUAUAACGUCGCCACUCUCCUCAUUAAUCAUACCGACGUCGGCAUUAAGAAAAUACAGGCCGUUGAAGAGGAGAACGAGGCCCGGAGGGCGGAGGUGAGCAGAUUGAUAGAACAAGUCGACGAUACCAUGUCCACAUGUAGGCAAUCGAUUCAAGUUCAAGCCAACAAGGACCAAAAAAGUGGGACAGUCUUUCAUGCCGCCAUGAAACUCUUGAAUCGUCAACCUGCUACGCGGUCUACCGUCGAGUGGAUCGCUUCGGACGGCUACGAGUUCGCUUUUGCGUGUGUUGGGGACGAUAAGUCCUUGAGGGGUUCACUUGUGAGACACUGGCUGAGUGUCGAGGAAUCAGGAGCAGAUGUCGACCUGUGCAUACGAGAACUCAAGAACGGAAAUUCGGAGACAGGUAUCCGCCUGCGGUUGGCCAUUUUUGCGGCCAUAUGGCACAGGGCUAGAGUCAUGAAUAGUGUGAGCCCAGAUGCCGAGUCAAGUCAAGAUAUUCCGACCAGGAUUCAGGACCGGGAACCUGUCCCACCAGCAGCCGGCGACCUUCUAGAACUUUGCGAGGGCUUUCUGACAACGCAUGAGGAGGUCAUCAACAUUUCCGAAACCCUCCUUCUCCGUCUUUAUCAACAUCACGACUCUUACUCGGCCGCGGUGACAAGUAUCACGGCGUCUCUCCAGGGAUUAUGAAGCACUGUAAUUUGGUAGAAGAAUUAGGACAGUUUCGUUUCGAAUACGACAUCUUCUUUGUCUUUAUCUUUGCGGCUUGGGGUUGGGAAUAGAUUGAUGACACGUCGAAUGGCCGCUUGGAGGAGUAGAAAGGCCGCUAGGAGGAGCAGAAAUGCCCCUCCUAGGAUGGCGACAAAGGGUCCUACAAAGAAAAUUGCUAUCGCAAAGAGUCGUUCCCCAACGGACAUGAUUUUAGUUGAAUUUGUUUGUCUUCAAAUAAAAAAGGGCAGCACCAAUUUUAAUAUCUUCCCUCGUGAGGCUCGGUUAAUCUCCC